ACUCCCUCUUCGCUUCCCCAUUUUAAAACUGAGUAAAAGCAUAUCCCCGGCCGCGGCAGAGUCCAUUUUGGUUCGGAAAUUGCGUGCGCGGCAAUUUACUUUUACCACUGGAAAUCUCCAUUCAAACGCCCGACGACGAUGUUCAUGAUGUUUCACACCCAACUGAAAAAACUAGAGCGAUUCAAAGUCCCGACCCCAAAACCCACGAUUCGAACUUACGAAAAGCUUAAUUACUUUCUAUGAUAUUUCUUUCCAUUUUUAAAAUACCCAAUUCUUUUCUUGUUAUAAAUAUGAUUGUAUCCGUAUGCCUCCCCAUAUCUUCCCUACUUUCCUCAAAACAAUUCAACUUCUCUUCUUUCGCAUUUAUAAUCUGCUUCGUUUGUUUUCUUGCCUUCUGCUUCAAGAGCUUCAGUAAGUUCAUCACCUGCCAUGGAGAAAAUCAUAGUUGAAAAUAAAGUGCAGCAGGUUAAGCUACUUGCUGCAAUCAAUGAUGAACAUGAUGGUGUUAUUGUGGAGUUGAGCGAGCCUAUGCACUCAGAAGACUUUGCUUCAAUGCUUAAAGCUUCAAUUGUUCAAUGGAGAAAGCAGGGUAAGAGGGGUGUUUGGAUCAAAGUGCCUAUUGAACUAGUCAAUCUCGUUGAAGCUGCAGUUAAGGAAGGGUUCUGGUACCAUCAUGCAGAGCCAAAUUACUUGAUGCUUAUAUACUGGAUCCCAGAGGGCACUCAUACUCUUCCUGCAAAUGCCAGUCACCGAGUGGGUAUUGCUGCAUUUGUCAUGAAUGAUAAGAGAGAGGUGCUAGUGGUCCAAGAAAAGAGUGGAAUAUUUCGGGGGACAGGUGUGUGGAAGUUCCCUACUGGAGUUGUUGAUGAGGGAGAAGACAUCUGUGUAGCUGCAGUAAGAGAAGUUAAAGAAGAGACAGAUAUUGAUACAAAAUUUGUAGAAGUAUUAGCAUUCAGGCAAAGCCACAAAGUAUAUUUUGGGAAGUCGGAUUUAUCCUUCAUAUGCCUGCUACAGCCCCUCUCCUUUGAAAUCCAGAAGCAGGAAUCAGAGAUAGAGGCAGCCCAGUGGAUGCCAUUGGAUGAAUAUGUAGCCCAACCAUUUGUCCAGAAAAGUGAAAUUAUGAAGUACAUGUUUGAUCUAUGCUUGGCAAAGGUAGAUAAGGACUAUUCUGGGUUUUCUCCAGUGUCUACUACAUCAAAUGUUUCAGAUGAAAAGGGUUACUUGUACGUGAACAGUCAAGACCUGAUAAAGGCAGUAAGCUCUGGUCAUCACAUAUCAACUUAGCCUGUGGAAUUAUACUCAGGAAAGAAUUCUAGUUCUGCAAUUUCAAUUUACGCAGAACAAUAAAAUGCUGUUAUUUUGAUUCGUUUGUUAGACAGAAAAAUAAAUUCUAUUAUUGUUUUAGUUCAUUAUUUGAUUCA